AACGUGCGUAUCGGCUUGCUCUGCUCGACAUUCACCAGUUUUCCGCUAGGUGGCGAUACGGCGGGCGCAAAGUAAAGUCUCAGACGUGCGAGUGUCGAAUUUUUUCUAUACGUGAAAUAACCAAGUGCAAAUAUCAAACUCAACGCAAUGGCUGCUAGAUUUAUACAGAAAAUUGUCAACACAACGCCAGCGGCUAGCCGUGGCUAUGCGUCCAGUGGCAAGAAGGUAACGCUGAUACCUGGCGAUGGCAUUGGCCCAGAGAUCUCUGCUGCUGUGCAAAAGAUUUUCACUGCCGCCAGUGUGCCCAUCGAGUGGGAAGCUGUCGAUGUGACGCCAGUCCGUGGACCCGAUGGCAGAUUCGGCAUUCCCCAGGCUGCCAUCGAUUCGGUCAACACCAACAAGAUCGGCUUGAAGGGUCCCCUGAUGACGCCCGUGGGCAAGGGCCAUCGUUCGUUGAACUUGGCUCUGCGCAAGGAGUUCAAUCUGUAUGCCAAUGUGCGUCCCUGCCGCAGUCUGGAGGGCUACAAGACAUUGUACGAUAAUGUCGAUGUUGUCACUAUUCGCGAGAACACCGAGGGCGAAUACUCUGGCAUCGAGCACGAGAUCAUCGAUGGUGUCGUGCAGAGCAUCAAGCUAAUCACCGAGGAGGCCUCCAAGCGUGUGGCCGAGUACGCCUUCCAAUAUGCCAAGAACAACAAUCGCAAGAAGGUGACUGUGGUGCACAAGGCGAACAUUAUGCGCAUGUCUGACGGCCUGUUUCUGCGUUGUGUGCGCGACAUGGCGCAAAAGUUCCCCGAAAUUCAGUUCGAGGAGCGUUACUUGGACACGGUGUGCCUCAACAUGGUGCAGAACCCAGCCAAAUAUGAUGUCCUGGUUAUGCCCAAUCUGUAUGGUGAUAUUUUGUCUGAUAUGUGUGCCGGUCUGGUUGGUGGCCUUGGCCUGACGCCAUCGGGCAAUAUGGGUCUGAACGGUGCUCUGUUUGAGUCUGUGCAUGGUACAGCGCCAGAUAUUGCUGGCAAGGAUCUGGCCAAUCCCACGGCGCUGCUGCUGUCCGCUGUAAUGAUGCUGCGCCACAUGGAGCUCAAUUCGCAUGCCGAUAAGAUUGAGCGCGCCGCCUUUGAGACCAUCAAGGAGGGCAAAUAUCUAACUGGCGAUCUCGGUGGACGUGCCAAGUGCUCAGAGUUUACAAAUGAGAUCUGCGCCAAGCUUUAAACUGCCUACUGUUGCCAAGCAUAUUACGAACUUGUUCAGAGUGUUAAAAAGCAACAACUACAAGAAAUUCAGUUUGGCUGUAUUUAAAAGCAACAUCAAAACACUCGCUCCUCAAACCAAAUAGCAAAAGCAAACAACAACAACAAACACAACAACUGCAACAAAGUAAACAACAACCACACAACAACAACAACAAGAAAACAACACUCACAAAACUAAGCCGACAGUUUCUAAUAUUUUUUGUUUUAUUUAGCAAAUUAUUUUUCAAAAACAAAAAAAGAGAGUUAGGUACCCAAAGUAUUUUUAUGUUCGAAUACGUCAAUUAUUAUUAAAUCAAUUAAUUGAAUUGAAUUAGCUGAGGUCCCAAAAUUUCGCAUGUUACAAAUUUUGUUAGCUCAAGAAAUUGACUUGGCUAUGAGCGUAAAGUCAAGUAUUUAUUUGUCGCCAUCCAAAAAUAUUCAAUUAACAAAUAAACCAUAUAUAAUUAUUAUUGUUUGAUUAUUAUUAUACAUUUACAACGUACAUAUGUAUGUAUAUAUAUAUACACAUAUAUGCCAACAAAAGUAAUUGUAUUUAAUUAUUAUUUAUUAAUUGUGCUUAGACAUUUAUUUUUUUUUUAAUUUCAUUAUCCUUGUGCGUCUUGUGUUCUGUUAAAGAUGUGUAGUAAAAUCCACUGUAAAAAUAAACAAGAGCAACACAAAAUAUGUAAACUCAUCCAAACACACACACACAAACACACACACACAUACAUACAAUUUACAAAAGCACACACACACACACAACAAUUAUUAGAUUCGAAGGCAAGCCGAAAGUUGAGUGCAAAGAAAAUAAUGCCGGUUACAAUAAUAAUAUAAUAAUAAUUAUUAUCAUUGAAACUAUACAGCGUACGAAAAACAAAAACAUUUUGAAAUAAAUUAUAUGCAAUUGUUAUUGAUAAUUAAGCGUACCGUAAUUGCAACAAGCAAAUGUCAUGCAAUUUAUGGAAAACUCAAUAAAAGAAAUGUAAAGUUAACUCGA